AGCUUUGCGGAACAGCUCGAAGCAAAAUGGCUGGAAGAACGCGCCUCGGUCGGAGAGGAUUACUGACUUUUGCUUUGUUUUUCGCCUCCUGCUUGGCUUCGGGGAGCACCACAGCACAAGUUCCACUCCUCAUGUGGUCUAGUAACAGUUUACCAGUCGAGCCUCCACCCACGGCUGGUCACAUCACAUCCAUUGAGGAGCUGGCGCUCUACCUCACCUCAGCCUUUGGCUCUGGCUCACACACUGUGCUCCUGUUCCUGCAGGACAAGCUAAGCAAAGAUGACUUUACCAUGUUUGGAGGAGUGUUUGGAAACAAGCAGGAAAGCAACUUUAAAAACCUUGAGGCUGUGAUGCAGUCUUCAUCGUCAGUGACGCUUCCUGCCCUGGAGUGGGCUGGCCCCUCUGCUGUCACCUCUCUGCUGCAGGAGAAGCUUGGUGCUUCACCUCUGCUUGUUGAUGCAGAGACACGGUCCCACCCGAGCCUUGCCACAUCUGCCAACAAUCUACUGCUCAUCAAUCUGCCUUAUUGCAGCAACUCACCUAAAUCAUGCAAGGAAGUCCUAAAUCAUAACGAUAAGAUUAUUGGAAAAUUUGUGGGUUUCUUGAAAGCCAGAGAUGUUCCAUACACUGCAAUAUACACAGGACUCCAGCCGUCAAGAGUGAUUUCAGAAACAUCUGUGUCGAAAGAGCAAGUGGGCCGUUCCUUACUACAAACUGCUGCCCCUGAUGUCAAGCCACCCAUAGUGUUUCUCAAUGCAUCACAAAGCCCGUGCAUAAUGCUGUGGGCUCAGAACCUCAGUGUCAGCCUCUCACGCACUUCAACGUGGAUUGACUUAAAUGCAGAAACCCCUGACUUGACAGGAUCCAUGUGCAACGGUGACAAUUCACUGCUUGUGCUUACUUAUUCAUCCGGUUACAAACUGAGUUUUGCCAUGAGUCGGCAGUUCUAUCCAGUGUCUGCACGUUACUGGUUCACCCUGGACUCUGUGCAGCUGCAGGUAAAUGGUACAACUGGUUCCUUCAUUGGGAGGGGCGGCGUCUACGCCCCUGCAGAGUACUCCUUCCAUUGCCAGUCUGUGAAAAGCUUCCCAAAUGCUCUGCUAAUUCCAAACGCCACCACCGAGGAGACGGCACAGUGGAGACUUAACUUUACUGACUUCCAGAUUCAGGGCUUUGGUUUGGCCAAAGGAACAAACUUCUCCUAUGCCAGUGAUUGUGCAGGCUUCUUCACGCCAGGGAUUUGGAUGGGCCUGCUCACCUCGCUGCUCAUGCUGCUCAUUUUUGUGUAUGGCUUACAUAUGAUAAUGCAACUAAACACCAUGGAUCGCUUCGACGACCCCAAAGGUCCGUCCAUUUCAGUGCCUCAGUCAGAGUGAAGCACUCCCAACGUACGAAUCCCACUCUCCGGUGUCUCGAGUGCCUUCUGAACCCUUUGUGCAUUGGAUGUGCUGCUUUUAUUUUCUGCACACACUGUUUUGAUUGGUAUUCUUAGGUGCUGGUCAUUUCUAUGGCGCAUUCCUUAUUUUUCUAUUUAUACUUGCAUGCCAAAGUUGCUGCAACUUUUAAAAUUUGAUUUUGAAACCAGUGGUGUAAGGUGUUGCCAGCUAAUGUUUUCCAUAGAAACAGCUGUUAGCAGUGAAAGUGACUGCUGUGGCUGCUGUAGACCGCAGUUUUUGUUUGAUUAUUCCCAACAUAAUUAAUUUAAAGAGUAUUAUUAAUGAAAGAAGUGCCUGUACAUAAUAGUUCGUUUGAGAUGGUUGCCUUACAGAAGAACAUGGUUAAUUUUGUUUUAUCACUUGAACUGUAAUUUAUUUGUAUAAAAAACGGUGCCUGUCACUUUACCCAUAAUCCAGUGACCAUUUAUCACUUUGGCCAAAAACGAAAAUGUGCAGUUGCCAUGUCAUGUAC